GGGGACGCGGCCUCCGCGCUUCCGGUAUCCAGAGCGUCCAGGGUUGAGUGCUGCUGCUCGGCGCUGGAGUCGCCGUGCUGCCUCCGGAAUCAUGGUGUUCUACUUCACCAGCAGCAGCGUUAACUCAUCUGCUUACACUAUUUACAUGGGAAAGGAUAAAUAUGAAAAUGAAGAUCUGAUAAAGUAUGGCUGGCCUGAAGAUAUUUGGUUUCAUGUGGACAAACUCUCUUCGGCUCAUGUAUACCUUCGAUUACAUAAGGGGGAAAAAAUAGAAGACAUUCCAAAGGAAGUACUGAUGGACUGUGCCCAUCUUGUGAAGGCCAAUAGCAUUCAAGGCUGCAAGAUGAACAACGUCAAUGUGGUUUACACCCCGUGGUCUAACCUGAAGAAGACGGCCGACAUGGAUGUGGGACAGAUAGGCUUUCACAGGCAGAAGGACGUGAAAAUUGUGACAGUAGAGAAGAAAGUGAAUGAGAUCCUGAACCGAUUAGAAAAGACCAAAAUGGAGCGGUUCCCAGACCUAGAGGCAGAGAAAGAAUGCAGAGACCGUGAAGAGAGGAAUGAGAAGAAAGCGCAGAUUCAGGAAAUGAAAAGGAAAGAAAAGGAAGAGAUGAAGAAGAAGAGGGAGAUGGAUGAACUUAGGAGCUAUUCAUCACUAAUGAAAGUUGAGAAUAUGUCUUCAAAUCAGGACGGCAAUGAUUCAGAUGAAUUCAUGUGAAUGGAGAAAAGGACCUUUUAAAGAUGUGAAUUUAGGGACAGUUGCAGAAGUUUUGAUUUCAUCUGUGUUCUGAGUUAUAGAAGACAACCAGCCAAAAUUCUACCUUCCUAAUAUUCUACAAAUACUACCAACUUUGGAGUUAAAAAAAAAAAUUGUUUCCUUUUUUGCUGUCAGAAAAGGAUCAGAUAAAUAUAGAUAUGUAUACAAUAUAGUUGGACUUGAAGACAGCAUAUAACUUUAGGAAAGUGAAAAUAUUUUUGCCAGAAUAUGUCUUUGUACCUCAUGCAAGUUGGCUGCACAUGCUCUUGGAAGACUCUAGAACAAACCAAACCUGAAAAGUGUUUCUGUUACUGUGGUCUGUCCCUGAAAACAGAUGUCUUGAAAAGCUUCUCAUAUUCUUAAAAUAGCUUCACUUCUGUUAAGAAGAGCAAUAUAAGCAAAUGUUCCCCUCACCCCUGAUUUCCUGAUCUAGGGGGGAGUAAAGCAUAUGGGUUUUGAAGGCGAUUAGUGAUAUUUUCAGAAGACUGCUGGCUUCAAUGGCCAUGUCCCAUUGUGCCAUCUGAGUCUGUUAGCAGAGCUGCCCUCAGCUCUCAGCUUGUCCAAGCUUCCAUGUUCUACAUUCUUCCUUUUUCCAUUGAGAGCCUCUACCCAGGUAUCAUCAGAUUUAAAGACAUAGUCGGUGUUAAUCAAGGUUGGGCCUUAUGGUGGUUUCUACCUGAGCACCAAGUAACCCAGGCCGCGCGUAUUACAACUUCAGGCCCCAGAGUCCUUUCUCAGCGUGAGGGGAGAAAUGGGAAGGGAUGCUCUGUGAAUCAUUUUGAAGAGGCAGGUUACCUGAUUUUUGUUUUGGGAUAUAGUAUAAAGCACACAUCUACUUGGCAAUUAUGAUUUUAGAAAGAAUUAAGCAUUUCACCAGCCGGCCAAGUAGUAUAUUUACCUUGAAAUAAUAUUGAUUUUGAGUUAUAACCCCAGAGUUCAGAUUUCUCAAUUGUAAACUCAGUAACUUAAUAUGUAACAGUCCUACUCAUCCGAACCACCUGCCCUCCAGGGUGAUUCUGAAUAGAAGAUAUAUUUUUAUUAUAGCCUGUAAGGCAACCCCUGUAGAAAGAGACAAAACAAAACAAUGGAAAGGCACGAAGCCUCUGCAGUCAGAAGGCAUACAGAUUCACAUUUUAACCACACCCAGAAAUCUACAGCUGUAUUCUAAGCCAGCAAAAGUAUCUCCUCCAACUGAUAUUGCCUGUAGUAGCACUUUGGAAUGCUGGGUAAAACCACAAGACUUGAGUGUUUCUGUUUAUCCCGCUUGGUGUAUGAGGUUGAACUGGAAAAUUUCCUGAGACAAAUUGCGAGAAGGGGUGUGGGAGAUGACCCCAGAGAUUGGUGACUGUGUGUGUAUAUGUCUAACAUAUUCAGCCUGGAGUUCUGUGAGUUGGAAAUGUAAUAGUAAGACUCUUGAUACUGAUAUAUAAAUUCUUAGAAUUUGCUUGUUAUUUCCCUCCCCAAGCUGGUUUUGAGGGUGAUUGGGCUGUGAAAACCUCGUCUAUCAUAUAGGCUUACUCUGGCAGCUUCUACAGGAGUAAUCUUCCUCCCUCACUGGUAAAUGUGUCUCUCCCUGAGAUGCCCACUGGGUCAGAGUGGAUGACCUUUCUCAGACACACUCUUGAUUGAGUGUAAAUUAGUAGCUAUGCUUCUUCAAUCAGGUGGCCCUCCUGCCUGGUUACUGUAGGCAAAUUGCUGCCAAUGUCUAAAAUGGGGAGACUUUGCCUCUGGCAUCACCUGUGUCACCUCAGCUCUCUGCUGCUUAAGGACUCCUCUCUACCCCACAUUACAACAUAUACAGGGAGAGCUUUUGAAGAAUACAUCCAUUUUUACUCAAGGGUGAGCGAUCCUGGGGUCCACAUUGUACACAUUUCCUAACUCUCAGCUGACACUGGUUUCGAAUGUCAGGGCCUCUCUUCUGAGUCCCCGGUGCUCGAAACUUUCCAGCUGCUCUGUGCGGAUCUCCUCCUACCUCUGCCUGUGCGAUGGGUAGGCUUUUACCCCAGCUCCCGUGGUCGCAGAGGAAGCAUCAUCCUUUUCUUUUGAGGACAUUGGUUCAGUGCUGACAGGUCACACUGUUGGCACUGAAGUCAUCUCAUUUCUUGCUAUUGGCAUGUUUCCUCAACUUUCUAUAGGAAAAUUCCAAAUGGUUGGCAUUUCUGUGAGCUGUGCCCUUGAUCAAAUCACACAUAAUGAGAAUUUCUCUUUCCGGCUCUGCCUCCAGUUUCCCCACUCUGAUCUGUGUGUAGGUGAGGUUCAAGUCAUUUAAUUUACCUCACAAGCUCCGUUGUAUUCCUAUAGCUUGAGAACUUAUUUCUUAUCCACCUUUGCUGACCUUGGGUCAUGAUGUCUGGCAAGGGAAGUUUGCUACAGUGCUUGUGGUGGAACAGACUUUAGGAAGUUUACCAAAAUGUGGAUGGUUUGGACCUUAUUAGCAACGUAGGCACUAAGCUGUAGUUGAAUCCCUUCAGGAUCUUGUCGUUGAGUUGUUUUUAGCAUUUUCUGAAGCCCAGAUUUUGGUGAACCUUUUAACUCUUCAGUGCCAGUGGUUUACCCCACUUGGGAAGGAAGGAAUGAGCCACAUAUACAGCAAAAUUAUAGAAGGAGAGUUCAGCUCUAGCCUCUCGUUUAAGAGCAGAGCUCCUCUUCCCACAUUUGCAUCCAUCAGAGACAGGAAGCUCUUGUCUUCCAGGCUGGAACAGGUUAUGGGAAAAACUGAGCAGGAUGGAGAAAUGGAACACUUCGCAGUUUUUCUUGAGCUUUUCUCUGUUUGAUUUGAAGUACAGCGUUGUGAAUAAUAAAUCCCAUACUCAGAAUGAUCAUAAUAGAGUUGAGUGGGCAACCUUUUGAUUUUAAAGAAAACUGUGAAAAUAUCCAGCUGUACUCAAAAGUGUAAAAUUAGAAACUUAAAUCCCAAGCUAAAUGUCCGUCUCAACCCAUCUAACUCCAGCGAGUAUGUGAGAGCUAGGAAAUGAGGACAGCACGGCUGGUGCCUCAGCAGGCUCAGGUUCAAGUUGGACUUCGUGAGAGCUCUCCUCUGCCAGGCGCACGUGGGCCCAGCACGGGCAAGAGACUCGUGUGCGUUGUAUCAUUUCACAAAUGAUAUGGAUGGUGGCACCCACGUAUUCAUCACCUUCUGGAUGAAUGAUGUGUAAAAUAGAAUAAAAGUUUAUAGUUUGAGAAGAA